AGCAAGCAAAUACGAAACUGCGCAAAAUUUUUAAAUAUUUAUCUAAGCUAAGUUGAAAAAAAUAAAAAUACAACCAAUAUGUUUAGUGGAGAACUGUAGAAAGAAGAAAUAUAUAUAUAGAGAAAGAAGAGACCAGCGGAGUAGCCAACUUACACUUCCAGCCAAUAGCCAUGGCCAAGCAAUCUGCAGAUGCUUCGGGUCUGGGCUAUGCCUAUCAGUUGCCGUCCGGUGGUCUUCUGUUACGGGUUAAAAACUCUUUGUCGCAGUUCAGCGAUCUCUUCAGCGAUUUUAGUAAAUACAUCUCGCCCGCCUAUCAUCAUGAUCGCUGCGAGCGGAGUGUCCACAUGCGCCUCUAUUCCAUAAAUAAGCGUGAAUUUGUGAUGGUCUUUUUGGGAUUCUUCACAUGCUUUGGCCUGGGCAUUAUUAUUGGCUUAACUGGGCCACCCAUAACAAGUACAUCGACAUUGACGGCUGAACAGAUCUUGGCCAAUACCUCAUUGGCCCAUAGUCCUACGGUUCUGGCAUCAGGUCCUUUUGCCAUGAAAUCUCCAUUAACCACAACCUAUUCGCAACAGCUGUGGCUAAUAGCCAAACUGGUCACCGACAAUAAUGAUGAUGAACGCUACGACAAAAGCUUCCAGGUCAGCGUGACCAUCGAUGGAGUCAAUGAACAGCAUAAGCCACUCAGUGUCCUGGGCUCUAGCACUGCUCACAAUCGUACAAGACAUUUAAUUUGUGUACGAAAUGAUUGUGAGGAGUUUACGGUGAUGCAUUUGGGUUUUCUAGACUAUGCCCACUACAUCAUCACAGUGCGUUUUUAUGGAUUGGAAUCAUUCCAUCAGAAAUACAAUAUACGUGCCAUUACCUUUUACUUCAAGACAUACAAUCCAGAGUUUACGCAAAUUGAGAUCUGGUUUAGAUGCAUUUUUCUACUUUUCACUUUUAUUGUGAUUUGCUGGUAUGCGCACACUUUGCGUAAGUUUCCCAUUUAUGAUUGGUCGAUCGAACAGAAAUGGCUAUCCGUAUUAUUGCCAUUACUUUUACUCUAUGACAAUCCAUUCUUUCCGCUAAUAUUUCUAAUGAACUCCUGGAUUCCGGGCAUGUUGGAUGCCAUACUCCAGGCGACUUUUCUCUGUGCUCUCUUAAUGUUCUGGCUGUGCAUCUAUCAUGGCUUGCGGCAGAAUGAAAGAAGCUUUGUACGCUUCUAUUUGGUCAAAGUGAUAAUCGUGAUGCCGAUUUGGUUGUGUGCCAUUGUCCUGGCCACUUGGGAGAAGUGCAAUGAGCUAAAAGAUCCCACUUAUAGCCAUUUUGUGGACACUAAAAACUAUAAUGGUUUUAAGCUGUUUUUCUAUAUUGCCUGUUGCAUGUAUGUCCUAUAUCUUGUCCUGCUACUACUGCGCGCCUAUACUGAGCUUCGGUCUAUGCCUUAUUUUGACAUGCGACUGAAGUUUCUAACUCUGCUUAUGUUAUUUGUCCUUGCCAUUUCUAUAACGGUGACAACUUGUCGCUUUGGUUUUGGAAUACUGGAGGAUAAUUUUGUUGCCACAUUGAAUACCACCUAUCGCAGUUCGGCUCAGUUUAUGUGCUUCUAUGGGCUAUUGAAUUUUUAUUUGUACACCAUGGCGUAUGUGUAUUCGCCAGAUGGACGUUUUGCCCAAGCCGAAUUGGCCGUAACUAAAGAUAAUCCCGCCAUUUCAAUGAUUGACGACUCCGAUGAGGAUGUUGUCUAUGGUUCUGAUGAGGAAUCACGACGACCCUUAACCUCAGUCGGUGGUGUUGCUGGUAAAAAUGAUUAUGAUAGCGAUUGAGAGAUGAAUAAAUCAAUAGAAUAUAUCCUGCAGCUUAAUUAAAAACGAAAAACAUCAUUAAACAUAUUUUAAAUGUUCCAUAGGGCACGACAGUUAAAUGUGCUAAAUAAUUGUACAAACAUAAUCUGUAAUAUUAUGAAU